CGACUGCGGUGGGUCGCGCCCUCCGGGCUGCCCCCGAGUCGCGGCCGCGCGGAGGAAGCAGAGGAGGCGGGAGCGCCGAGAUCUCGCCGCGCUCAUGGCGUCGCCUGGGAUAGAAGUGGAGUUACUGGUCAAAGGGCAUUCAGAUUUGGGAGAUGUGGCCCCAGAAAUAAAAACGUCAGAGAGAAGAACAGCUGUGGCCAUUGCAGAUCUGGAAUGGAGAGAAAUGGAAGGCGAUGAUUGCGAGCUCCAUUAUGGAGAUGGUACAAAUGAAGCUCAGGACAGUGACUUUCCAACAGUGGAGCGAAGCAGGCUUCAGGAAAUGCUGUCACUGCUGGGGCUGGAAACAUACCAGGUUCAGAAACUCAGCCUGCAGGACUGUUUGCAGAUCAACUCUGAUAGCAUGAGGAACUGGGCCCCACAAGUUCCAAAAGACCUGCCUUGGAGCUUCCUCCGGAAGCUGCAGGCCCUCAACACCGAUGCCAGAAAUACCACCAUGGUGCUGGAUGUACCACUGGACAUCCGACCAAUUGAAAAGGAGAGCCAGAUGGAAGAGGAGAUCAUCUACUGGGACCCAGCAGAGGAUCUUGCUGCGGACAUCUAUUCCUUUUCUGAGCUUCCCACACCUGACACCCCAGUGAACCCCUUAGACCUGCUCUGUGCCCUUCUGCUGUCCUCUGACAGCUUUCUACAGCAGGAGAUUGUGUCAAAGAUGUCCCUUUGCCAAUUUGCACUUCCCCUGGUGCUGCCUGACUCGGAGAACCAUUACCACACCUUCCUGCUGUGGGCUCUGCGGGGUCUCAUGAGGACAUGGUGGUCUCAGGCCCCUCGGGGGGUGGGGGGAUUCCGAGAAGACAGCGUGGUCCUGUCUAGGACACCCGCCUUUGCCUUUGUGCGCAUGGAUGUCAGCAGCAACUCCAAGUCCCAGCUCCUGAACGCUGUACUCAGCCCAGGCCACCGGCACUGGGACUGUUUCUGGCAUCGAGACCUCAACCUGGGUGCCAAUCCCCGUGAGAUCGCUGAUGGGCUAGUGGAAAUCUCCUGGUUUUUCCCCAGUGGCAGCGAGGACGUGGAUCUUUUCCCAGAGCCUGUGGCCUUCCUGAACCUGCGAGGGGACGUGGGGUCCCACUGGCUGCAGUUCCAGCUCCUGACGGAGAUCUGCGCAGCCGUGUUCAUCCUGACUGACAACAGCAGGAAGGAAUAUGAGCUGCUGGCCUCUGUGAGGGAGCCGUCCACCAGGUACUACUUCAUCCUGAGCCCCUACCGCGGGAAGCGCAACGCUAACCUGCGCUUCCUGAACAGGCUGAUUCCGGUGUUGCGGAUCGACCACUCACAUGUGCUAGUUAAGGUCAGCAGCACAGACAAUGAGGGCUUUGUGAGGAGGGUCCGGGCAAUCGUGGGUAAUGUGGCUCGCUCCCCCUGCAGAAGGGUGUCCGUGGAGGACAUGGCGCUGGUGGCCCGCAGGCUGGGCCUGAGGGUGGAUGAGGACCGUGAGGAGUGCCAGAGGGCCAAGGAACGCAUGGAGAGGAUAACCCGGAGGAUCCAGGAUGCCGACGCCUACAGGAGAGACGAGCUGGGGUUGCAGGGUGAGCCUUGGCGAAGGGCCUCACAGGUUGAGAAAGAGGCCGGCCAGCUGCAGUGGGCACCAGAACCGGAGAAGCUCCGAGCUGAUCUGCGGCGCCAUCUGCUGGAGCUGCGUAUGCAGCAGCACGGCCAGGAGCUUGCCUGGGGCCUGCAGGAGUUCAUCGGGGGCAUCAGUAGCUCCUGCCCUGCUGAGAGGCAGUACUUCGUUCGCUGGAUGGAGUGGGGGCUGGCCCGGGUGACGCCGCCCCAUCCUAGGCCAACGUUUGAUACCCUAUUGCCGCUGAGGCAGAAGCCCAGUGGGGCUAUGGACUCGGGGGAUCCUCCGUGGCCUGAGCGCUUGGGGGUGGAACACUUCCUGCGCGAGAUGGGUCAGUUUUAUGAAGCUGAGAGCUGCCUGCUGGAGGCUGGGCGGCUUCCCGCUGGCCAGCGCCGCUUUGCGCACUUCCCAGGCUUAGCCUUGGAGCUGCUGCUGACGGGGCUGCCCCUGGAGCUGGUGGAUGGCAGCACCCUGAGCAUUCCUGUCCGCUGGGUAACAGGGCUCCUGAAGGAGCUACACGCUCGCCUGGAGAGACGGUCCCGCCUGGUGGUGCUGUCAGCCCUAGGGGUGCCAGGCACUGGGAAAUCCACGCUGCUCAACACCAUGUUUGGGCUGCGGUUUGCUACAGGGAAGGGCUGGGGCCCACGGGGAGCCUUCAUGCAGUUGGUUACAGUGGCUGAGGGCUUCAGCCAGGACCUAGGCUGUGACCACAUCCUAGUGAUUGACUCUGGGGGCCUGAUCGGCGGGACCAUGAGCACUGCUGGGGACAGGUUCGAGCUAGAGGCUUCCUUGGCCACUCUGCUUAUGGGGCUGAGCAGUGUGGCUGUGGUCAGCCUGACUGGCACAAGGGACAUCCCUCCUGCUAUUCUGCAUGCAUUUCUGAGGCUGGAAAAGACUGGGCAUAUGCCCAACUACCAGUUCGUGUACCAGAAUCUGCAUGAUGUAUCUACCGCCAGCACCAAGCCGAGGGACAGGAGACAGCUCCUGGACCUUCCUGGUGACCGCAGCCGAGCCUCUGCCCAGAUGCAGAGACAAGAGGAUGGGCUCCGGACUCUGGCUGGCCUUGCCUUCUAUGACCUUGAGAAACAACAUGUCUGGCACAUCCCUGGCCUGUGGCACGGGGCGCCCCCCAUGGCUGCCGUGAGCCUGGGGUACAGUGAGGCCAUUUUUGAACUGAAGAGGUGCCUGCUGGAGAAUGUCAGGAAUGGCCUAUGUAACCAGAAUAAGAACAUCCAACAGCUCAUUGAGCUGGUGAGUCGACUGUGACACACAACAGAGCAGUGGUCUGGUGCAGAGCCUGUGGUGGGUCCUGUGCUGGUAGGUCCUUUGCUGAUGGGGAGGUCUGUGCCCCAGAGCCAGAGAGAGUGGCUGGUGCAUGACUGCUGAAAGAGGCAAGCAGAGACGAGACAGGGUGCAGGCUCCCAAAAGGUGGGAAGAAAGGAAGUGACCUCGGAAACAGCGUGGAGAUGUCAAGGGGAAUAGAUGAGGCCCUGGGUGGGGAGCCACACAGAAGGCAAUUUGUACCCUCUCUCUGGCGUCCUGUCCAGGCUCCCAUGGGGCUCUCUGUGCAGUAGCUGUCACUAGCCCUGGAGUAGGGAGCACCCCUUUUGUCACCGCAGCCCAGGCAGACAGUAGUAGUACAGGGUAGGGGGUUGGUGGUUUGUCAGAGAAUGCAGAGGUGGCCUUGCCUCCACUCCACCCCUAGGCCUCCUUGUGCACAGAAAGGUCCCCAUCAGAGAGACUUUUCAGUGAUGAUCCUGCCCCCCUCCUCCCCAGGGUGAGAGCCUACAGUGUGUGAGCACUCCUAGCCAUAUUUAUUUAUUUUUCUGGGAGCCUUCCCUGAGCCUACUGGGAGGGGCUCCUGGGUGGCCUCCGGUGCCCACAGCACCCUACAGCGCUGUGACUAUGUGUUCCGUGUCUUACCCUAGCCAAGAGCACUGGAGACUGGGACUGUGCAUUGCCCAGCUCUGUUUUCAGGGCCUGGUGCUGUGUGGGUGCCUAAUAAAUGUUGAAUAAAUGAAGUGAAUGAGCAUA